AUGAAGGAUUCGUAUGAUAUUCUCAAUGCUGGAUGCAAGUUCCAUGGUGAUGGUAAUUCUUUCGGUUACUGUCGAGAAAGCACUAUUUCUACUGCAACAAAAGACAUCGACCAACUUGCAUGUCAACUAAUGGAGAAGCUCAAUGAGCGUUCUACGGCAAUGGCGAAUGGAGGCCAAUUCCAACUUGCCUUGCGCGAUGCAGAAGCUAUUCAAUUUAUCUACCCAUCCUCUUCACUUGGCUACUUGAGAGCAGGCACCAUUUACCAGCAGCAAGGACGACAAAAAGAAGCAGUAGCCAUAUACCAGGAAGGUCUUGUCAAUGUACCAUCAUCCGAUGCAUGCUACACCAGCCUCCAAAUGCAGCAAGCUGAUGCCUCGAAUGCAGCCAACAAGCGUAUUGAUUUCAUCAGUCGACUACCUUUGGAGCUUGUUGCCUCAGGGAUACUGCCUUUGGUAUUUCACCGAUGCAAGCUGGAAGCAGAUGUACCAUGCCCAUACCUUUACGUCUCCCGCACAUGGCGGCAACGCAUCUUGAAUUGCAACAACUUGAGCUUCCGUCUCAAUUAUGGACCCAUGAAUUCUACAUUACAAUUUCGAGAGCUUGAACGAUUUGCCCCACAUGUCAAAAAAUUGCGGAUGGAUGCACGGAGAGCGGUGUCGUAUGAGGACCCUCUUUUGAUAUUCGGCGACUUCCAUUUCUUGAAUCUCACUCAUUUCAACCUCAACUAUGCCGGGUAUGAAGAUUACAUCAUUACGUCUGCUCUUCGAUCGGUGCAACAUAGUCUGACGCAUUUGAAGCUUUACACGGAGAAGAAUUACACACUAGGAAUUGAUUUGGACCGUGUUUUGGAUGAUUGUCCCAACCUUGUAUCACUGGAUUUGGCCACGUGGACCAUACUGCAUCUCACUGUGCAACACCCAAAGUUGACGCAUCUCACCUUGCAAAUUGGGAUUGAUCCUCUUCCCAAGGAUAAAAUGAUCAACGUCCUCUCUCACCUCCCAUCACUGGUGUUCCUUGAUCUAUUCCUACUUCGAGAUCAUCGCUUUGUGACGGCUCUCAGCGUAUAUUGCCCCAAGAUGAAGAUCCUACGAUGCAUUGACGAAGUGUCUUCAGGUCAUGACAGCUAUGAUGAGCGUGUGGAUGGAUUGCAAAAGCUCUAUUUUGGAGCGCAGUGUGAUGAUGAACCUUACGAUGCACAUGGCGUCGUGAUUCAAAUUCUACUUGAACACAAACACUCAUUGGAUCAUGUCACCUUAGCCGGCAGUAUCACGGAUGCAAGUGGUGGUUUCGAUGGUCCCGUCAUGGAUUCAACAUUCCAAUUUGAUCGUUUGCAAGAACUCGUAGUCGAUGCUCGCAAUGAGGAGCUCGUUAAGCUCGCAUUAUCCAUCAUUCACCGAUCCCCUCACCUUUGCACCAUCACUAUGGAUCACCUUACAGCCACCGAUGAUGGUGUAUGCAAUGCUGUCAAACGAUUGCCCAACUUACGCAUGAUCACUGCAUACCAAAUGCCCCCCGAUGCACCAUCAUUUCAGGAUUUACUUAUCCACCACGCACAGCUCGGCAUGGGUUCUUCGCUAAAGGAAUUGAACGUUACAUUUGAGGUGGAUUCCCAACGCUUUCCUUGGAUAUCAGCCUUGGCAGAAUUGCAAACGUUGGAAAAGCUUGUACUAUCGACAUGGCAUAUUAGUGCCGCUUCCACGUACCUAUCCAUUCUGGGAAUAUUUGGCAAAGUGUGUCCUUCGUUAACAUCUCUCGAUUUGGAUUUCUGGGAUUGUACAAUACCGGAUGGAUCCGUUACCCAAAUCAAGCAUCAUCCUACGUUGCAACGUCUUUGCAUCAAUGCUUCAUCCAUUAGUGAUAGCGACCUCAUCAGCCUUUUAUCAUUUCCCAGUCUCAAGCACGUCAUCAUCAUCCCAACGAUCAAGGGAUAUCUUCUCAACCUGUUACAGACCCGUAUUUCACGAGUUGAACAAAGGCAUCCCUGA